AUGACUGACAUCCUAGCCGCGUACAAGACGUUCGACCGUUCCACUGCCCGAUCCACGGUGCAUGCAACUCUUCAUCUGAUUACAAAUUCUCCCACGGCAGGAUGGGAUUCAGACAGUCGUCGCACACUUGCCGAUCUCCUGCUCACGGAUAUCGCGCAUGUCACCAGCACUUCGCGUCUCUCGCAUCAAGACGUGGAGGCAGCAUUGUCAGCUGUCAAGGCAUUGGGACGCCAAGAGGAUGUAUCAUCCGUGGUCAUUCAUCCAGCGACCCAAUACUCGGUGGACGUUGUGAAUCAAGCGCUUAGAUGUAUUGCAAAUGCUCUCCUUCUCAAUGACGCUGGAAGCAAAGCUUGGCUUGAUCUGGGCGGUGGUCAAUUAGCACUUGAGGAAUUGAAGAAACCCCUUUCAAGCGAGCGUCUCUUCCUUCUCGCCCGUAUUCUUUUUUUGGUGACACUCAAACCAACACCCUUUAUCUCACUCUUGAUUGAGAAGGGGCUAAUUCGCGGGUUAGCGGUGGCCCUACCAGCUUCGUACCGUAAUCUAAGAGCCCAGUAUUCAUUUGGGAAAGAAAGUUUGAUCGACUUAUUGAAGGUCACAUUUAAUUUAAUGACACACUAUCCAAGAAUGAAGGGCAAUGAGUCGCAAAAACCUGCCGACGGCUCCGAGCAUGUGCUCGGGGACUUUUGGGACGAUCAGUUUACAAUUUUGGUCCCUACUCUGCUCGAAAUAUUCGACACACUCCCUCCAACCUCACCUCCCCUCCAGCCGCCCAUGACUCAUCUAUUGCACGUUUUAAUUCACCUUCCGGCAACUUUGCUAUGUGAAUCUUCAGCAUCAACCCCCCAGUGUUCCAGCAUGCCCCCUGGGGAUGCGCCAUUUGUUCCUAAAGCCGAUGGGGUCGAUAUUCUUGAGAGGCUUUACAAACUACUCGAGAGAACGUUACACUUUUACGUGGAAUAUGAUCCAGACGACCUCAAAGUUCGGAGAAAAUGCCGUGAGAAUGGAGUAGUACUGGAUGAAUUGGUAGUCCCACUGCCAAUCAUCCUUACACGCCUGGUUAAAGAAAAUAACGAAGCACGCGCUCGAGUACGUCAAUGGGUGCUUCCGAGGGAUUUGGAUCGGUCACAUCCUCUUGAGAAGCGGAGAGAUGUGCUAGGUUUAUUCAUUCGUAUGAUGACUUCCAUUCAUCAUCCCCAUCUCAAAGAAACAACGUCCGAGCUUCUAUUUUGUUUGUGCAACCAAGAUGCGGCAGAACUUUCUGCCCAAAUUGGCUACGGGAACGCAGCAGGUUUCUUGUACUCGAAAGGCAUCAUGUCAGCACCCACAACAGAGUACGAUUCACAUGGCAAUCUGUUGAACCCUAUCACUGGAACGAACGCGCCUAUACGAGACAACAGCGGUGUUGAUAUGACUGACGAGGAGAAAGAACAGGAAGCGGAGCGGCUCUUUGUCUUGUUUGAUCGCCUCGAGAAAUCUGGACUAGGAGCGAAUCCAAUUCGGAAGGCUCAGCAAGAGGGCAGACUUCAGGACUAG